AUGAGCGCAACGCAACGCAGGGUCGAGGUCUAUACUCCGGACGAAUGGGCAAAGUACCCUAAGGCAAAGCCGCUGGCCUUCCCGGUUGCAAUGGGACCCAUUUCGGCUGCGUUCGUUGACUUUGUCGUUCGCACACUCUACCCCGGUCUGCCUCCCUUCGCUCUCUCGUUGGUGGAUGCCCAAGGGGGAUUUCUUCCCUUGGAUCUCGACAGCGAGGACGUACCGCUCUUCGUCAUUCUUCACUCCCCAGGCGACACGUCCACCGCUCCAGCUCUCCCUCGCGCGAAACUUCCCAACGGCCGCAUGUCCAAGCACGGGGGAGGCAAGCGAAGCCUUCCUGUUGGCUACACCCCCCGCAGGGGUUCCAAGAAGCCGUCGUCAGCGUCCCCUGCCUCCACCGCCUCGACCCGAGGCUCUCCCUCCCGCGCCGGACUCGCUGACGAACCUUCACCGCCAGCCAUUGAUCCCGAAGCCCUCGCCGAGGCGUUACUUGAUGCCGAGCCUGAAUUAGCCCCAACAACUCUACAGGCUCAGAUGGCAAGUAACUGCCUCAGGAGGGAUCAGUUCUGCGUGGUGUCGGGGAGUCUUGUCGGUCUCGAGUGCGCACACAUUCUCCGCCCCGAGUAUGCCUUCUCUUUCUUUGAGGACCGCCGCGCCGCGCAGUGGCUUGAGGAACCGCAGGUCAUUGCCAACAAGCGUCCGUAUGACACAUAUUUUCCUGGUCAUUUUUGGAUUCGGGACGGCGUACCCCACACUUUCGUCUUCAAUGAGCAAGCAGCAGUGCUUGUCCCGCACAACCAUCCCCUCGCCAUGCCUCUUCCAAAUCCACGGUGUUCCAUCCCAGACGUGUUUCUUCGGCAGUUCCCGCAUAAUGAUCUUCUCUUGGUCCACCUGCAAGAGGCGGUUCUCCGCCAAUGCCGUGGAGCCGGGGAGAGGGACGAGGAGUGGGAUGACGAGGAAGGGGGUUGGGCGGUGAUGGAGGAGGAAGAAGAGGAAGAUUGGGCAGAAGAGAUGGGAAUGGCAUCGGGAGUCAUUUUGAAAAUGCCCCGUCGUCGCGAUUCUGCUGAUUAG